AUGGGCAUUUUCAAAGCCCAACAUGUGGCUCCCACAGGGCUUGUCUCACACACAAGCGGCCCAUCGUCAGAACCUCGAACCUCGAAGGAUAUCGAGAAAGAUGGAGGGUUUGAGCUCCAAGAGUCGGCUGCAGCCAAUGUACGAAUCGAUCCUGCAUUGGAGAGGAGAGUUGUGCGCAAAAUCGACCUCCGUGUGACUCCACUGGUGACCUUCUUGUUUUUGCUCUCGUUCCUCGACCGUUCAAACAUCGGCAACGCGCGUAUUGCUGGUAUGGAAGACGACCUCGAUCUAACCGGUAAUCGGUAUGACUGGUUGUUGACCAUAUUCUACAUAUCAUACAUUGUGUUCCAAUUCCAGGGGUUCAUGUGGAAAAUAAUAAAGCCACAUACAUGGGCUUGCUUUAUCACUCUUGCCUGGGGUAUUGUGGCCACCUGUCAAGCUGCCACCCAGUCAUGGGGCGGGGAGAUGGCUCUACGGUUCCUGCUCGGUGCCGCCGAGGCGGGCUUCGGGCCCAGCAUCCCAUACCUGCUUAGUUUCUUCUACCUCAGACACGAGCAUGGGUUCCGCAGUGGGAUUUUCCUCGCAGCUGCUCCUCUCGCCAACACGUUCGCGGGCGCUCUGGCCUACGGAAUCACAAGUGGCCAUCCAGGUAUUGCCAAGUGGAGGUUGCUUUUUCUUGUGGAAGGCAUCCCAACCAUCCUCGCCGCUCCAAUUGCGUGGUUUUUCCUUCCCGAUAGCCCAACCACUGCCAGAUUCUUGACUGCGGAAGAAAAGGAGGUUGCCAAAGCGAGGGUCAUUCGGCAGCAUGGUCACCAAGAGGAAGGAAAACACCGUUUGAUGUAUUUCUCGUGCAAUGUCUCUUACUCCUCGUUACCAGUCUUCUUGCCUACAAUCCUCAACCAGAUGGGCUUCUCGUCCAUCAACGCUCAAGGUUUGUCGGCACCACCGUAUUUCAUCUCCACCAUUGUCACAGUCUUGACAUGUUGGAUUGCGGAUCGAACUCAGCAACGAGGCUUGAUGAUCGCCUUCCUCAGCUGUGUGGCGGGCAUUGGGUAUAUCCUUCUCGCAACGUGCACGGCGGUGGCUCCGAGAUACUUUGGCACGUUCCUCUGUGCGUCCGGCGUAUUCCCUGCCAUCGCCAAUAUCUUGCCGUGGGUUGUCAACAACCAGGGAAGCGAUAGUCGCCGGGGGAUGGGAAUCGUCCUCCUCAACCUGGUCGGUCAAUGUGGGCCACUCCUCGGAACCAGGAUAUUUCCUAAAUCCCAACAGCCGCGUUACGUCGAGGGACAGAGUAUCUGCGCAGCAUUUAUGUUCUUCAACGCAUUACUGGCCUUGUCGUUGAGAACGCUCUUGGUGUGGGAGAACAAGAGGCUGGACAAGAAGUAUGGCUCCCCGGGCGGUGCCGAGAUGCAAAGGACGACAGGUGGAAAGGCUGACACGAGUGUGGGAGAGGAAAACUAUGGCAACUCAUUCAGGUAUAUUCUCUAG